AUGGACGAGGGCCAAGCUGACGGGAUGAUGCCAUGGAAGAUGAUUCUGCCAUCGGAACCGAUUUCUGGUGACUGCUUCGAGCUGUACCUCGUGUCCUUGCUUUGUUUCGUAGGGCACAAGACUGACGACGCUGUCGAGAUUGCUCAGUCCCUCCUGUUUCGAACGAAAUACAUUCCGAAUGUUUCGCCACGUGAGAUGGGCGACAUCGGCCCGUGCCUAGUCUCUCCUCCGCUUGCGUUUGGACACAGUCCGGGUGUUCUGAUGAUGGGCAAAGACAAGUCUGCUGCUGACCUGACAGCCGCAGUCUUUGCUCAGCAUGAGUCGCAACGCGUUGAUACCGUCUAG